AUGGAUUUGGUGAAGGAACUUGAAGAUAUAUGGCUUGGUGAUAUGCAAUCAAUCAAAGUAUUAGUUGCAUUCACAAUUGCUAUUGAUAGACAUGAUGAUUUAGGGGAUGAGGGUGGAAAUAAUGCUAAUGCGGAGAUUGAUAUUCACAAUGAUAAUGAUGAUCAUGUUGAUAUUGAAGUUGAGGACUAUGAUUUAAAUGAAGAGCAGACUCAACAACUGCAUGUUUAUGAAGUGGGUAGUGGGUCAAAUACAAUAGCAAAUGAUAAACUAGAUAUGAUUGAGUUAGAACUAGCACCAAAUGGGGAAGCAGAGAUUGGGAAUGAAAAUGAUGAUGAAGUUGAUGAUAACGUGUAUGGAUUCAACUCUAAGGAUUAA